UCGCACUGCUUGCUGAUGUUUUGAUUUUGUUUUUUAUUUCGCUUGGAAUCGGAUUUUAAAGAUUUUUAAUUUGUGUUAAGUGACAUUAGAUGCAACCAUUUAUUGUUAUUCGCAACUAUCGGGAAGAUGACGAGCUCAAGUGCCAGGAGUUGGUGCGGGACUACAUUAUGUCAUUCUCCUCAAAAUCUUUCUUUGCCUUCUGCUUUCGGGAGAUAACACUACAAUUUAUAGUCAUCACUUGGGCAAUAUUCUUCAUUUUUCUGGGUGUGCCGCUUCUAUUCUGCGUCCUCACAAUACCCGGCUGCGUAUUCUUUCUCUUCACCAGCACCUACUUCUCCUUCUAUGCUAAGGCAGUGGAGCUAAUGAGGGUGAAACCAUCGCAGUCGCUAGUUGCUGAGUGCUAUGAACCAUUCAUAUUUCGCUGUGCUCCCAACGAGGCGAGCUAUCAGAUAUUCAUGGAUGAAGCCCCUUUUGAUGAGACGUACAAGAACAAGUUUCGACGACGCAUUGUGGCAACGAUUAGCGUUAAGAAUCACCAUGCUGUCUACAAUGCCGCAUGGAUCUAUCGUUUCGCCAUUGCCAAGGACUAUCCGCAUCAGAAGAUAAUGGAGCCAAUGAUUAAUCAGAUUUCAAAUACGUGUACAAAUGCCGGCUACGCCUCAUUGGAGUGCACCAUCUCCGAGUGGCAGGAGCAUGAACGGGACUUCUACGACGAUAUGGGAUUUGUGACGCGACAAAUCUAUCACAAGCAGAUCAUUGGCAGCAGCGUUACCGUGAUGAAGACGCAGCUAACCUUCAGCUUACGCACAGAUGACACGUUGCAAAAGCAAAACUAGUGCAAAACACUCAAGAGAGAAGCCAUCAAUAGAAUCUCCGAAUAACUGUGAAACAUAGCGCAAUAUAUAUUUAUAUACUCGAAAUGUUUGUAUGUCCUCCAUUAGUACAUUCCAGUCACGCAAAGCAGGCAAAUUUUUAUACUUGACACAGCAUAUAAGAUAUUCUAUAUAUUAUAGAUGUAUUUAUUGAAACACAUUUGUAGGAUAUUGCUUCGUUUUGUCCUGUUUUAUUAUAUCUUGUUUAUUCUUUGACA